GUUGUUAUGACGGAGAAGAGUACUAUAUAAAGGUAGACGAUCGAGAUGCAGGUCAGAACGCUCCUGGGUCUUGCUUCCGAAACCGAGGGAUCCAUCUGAUAAAUAUCCAGUGACAACCAUGGCGCUUACAUUGACAGUCGGUACUGGCGCCGCUGUGGCUGCCGGUGUAGCUGCCGCUGCCGCAGGAGCCGUCGGUCUAGGCCUGUUAGGCGCUGCCGCCCUGUCCCGCAGGGGAGGCGGAAGAAGGUUCGGCAGAAGGGGCGGCAGGAACAGGUUUGGCCGACAAGCUCAGAAACAGGUGGAGGAAUCGAAAGCCCUGGAGAGGGCGUUGGAUCUCAUCCGCCAGCAGGAUGUCACUGGGUGUGGGAUGCGCCUCGUGUGCGAAUUAGCAGGACUUCGGGAGGAGAAUCUCACUGAGGAGGAAAAGGCGAUUCUGGAUAUUGUGGAACCUAGGCCUAAAGCUGGAGAGGGCGUGCUGCCAUCUAGCAGCGGGGCUGUGGACUACAAGAUCGCUAAAGAACUGGGCCACAGGCAUGCUGAUUGCAGCCUGACAUUCCCCCUUUGCUCGUUCAAUGGAACUCAGCUCAUGAAUAUUGUCGACGGAUACCUUCCUUAGGAAUUCCGAGGCGAAGAACGACUACUCUGAUUGAGAGGCUGAUUAUUUUUAGGCGAGAAAAACUACGAAAACUGAUAGUGAUACAAUGAUAGUCUCUCAGUCUUGGUUGUACGUGAAUUCAGUUUGCCUUUGCUUCCCAGAUGGGUACAGAGUUUGUACAUUAGUUGCUUUUCUUUUAGAAAUUCACUUAUAUUUAAGCAAAUAACUUGUAUAUUUUUACAAAAUAAAAUAUUCGGAUUUUUUUCACUUUCUUGUAAAUAUUCAAAUUUCCGUGGAUUUUUUUUCAAACAAAUAGAUUGUACUUAAUUUUGUGAAAUAUUUACUUCUCGAACAAUAAACACUUUGAGGAAC